UAAGGAGUCUGCUAAUGUUCCGCGAUCCAUAUUUGGUCUGAAUUCAUUUCACCAAUUGCCAUGCCACUACGUAAGACAGAAGCUGGCCCGUGGGGAGAACACCAGUCUCUAAAAAGAAACCUGCCCGGUUAGGAGCAAUGUGUACGCACAUGGCUGGGAGAAGGUUUGAUGAGUACGCGAGUAUAGAGGGUCCAUGUCCACGUCAGGAUUGAUACUACGGCGGAGAACACCCGGGGCGGAAAAGUUUUGCUUCGCAUACAGUCGAUUCACGCUUGGCUGGCGCAAAGAUGGUGAUGAUCGCUCCUUCAUUCAACGCUGUCAACAACGCUCUCUCUGCGACACAAGUUGCAGAGGUAGGGACUCGUCACAGACUCGUCACAGAGCGAAGGUGCAUUGGUCGCACGCAGUCCAUUUGAGUGGCAUAACGCACGUACUUGCAAGGCUGGUGCCUACUUCCAAGCAAAAUCGGCUCAAACUCCUCAAACUCAGGUGGCGCACAAGGAUACGCUUACUCCCUCUUGCCCUUCAGGUCUUUUCGUCGAAAGCAGCGUCGCACACCGGAGCAGACAGCGCUGUGUUGCAGAUUCUGACAUUGGAGUGAUAGGCUGGACGAGAGCUUUCUAAUCCUGUUAACCUUUGCUCUACCACUCUAUCGCGCCACUCAAAUCGAGGCCUCGAAGUUGCAGAAGGCACCUUAUUCUGAAGCUUCGACUGGAGAGUAACGGCCUGCUCGAGACAUCUGCCUGACAUCUUAUCCUUUGCUCUACAG